AUGAUGGCGAAGGUUUAUGUUGCACGCACAUUACCAGUGAAUCCACCGGAUGCUCCUUUUAUUCUGACUAGAGCAACCCUCUGGGCUGCUUUACAGCGUAAAAUCCGCCGUGCACCAGAAUUUGUGCCGUCCAUUACCAAAUGUACCGUCCUGAAGGAUGAGGGAGAUUUUGUGGUCAGAGAUGCGGUUAUGAUUGACUAUGAUGGCAAACCACAAACAAUGCAUGAGGAGGUCACAUCAGUCGGUCAGCAAUGGAUUCAUUUUCGUCAGCCCAAUGGCAGUAUAACCACGAACCUGAUAUCGAAUGGCCCGGAGAACACUGACAAGGAUAUGUCACUGACCUAUAUCUUUGAAUGGGUUCCACCCGAAGGUGGAGAAGGGGACGAGCUCAAGGAGAAAGCUCUCAGGUUCCUCAACGAGGUGAACAAGAUGCCACCAAUCCUGCCAAGCCUAGUGCCGAGUCUGAUAAUCUGCAGGGCGCUCUUAUGGCGGUUAGGCAAUCCAUCGGUACCGCGAGAGAGCUGUUCACCCAGGGUCUGA